CACAAAGCCAUGGGACCAGAAGUUGAAUGCCGUUCCCGAACGAAGAAGAUGGCCCAGUUCUACCUGCUAUACGGUGGCGUGGAAUUCGCCAGGGUUUCCCGUUUUUCUUCUGUCACAUCCUUCCAUUCUCUACGGACUACUUCUGUAACACUUUCAUCGCUUCCCCCCUCCUACCGUCUUUCGCCAUCGCUCACGGGAGCUUCACUUUCUAAUGAUGAAAUCAUUGAUGCCCCAACUAUUUCCAUUUAAAUCAAACUUCGAUUUGAAGAUCGGAUCUUUUUUUU